AUGAUUCAUCUAGACGCUGUAAAGUUACGGAAUGAACAGCGAGAUUUUUUUGAUUUCUACAGUUACAAGGCUCUUGCAAUCAGCAAAUUUUACCGUUUCAUAACUUUUGCAUUUCGAAUGUUUGAGUCCGGAAUUCUACAACAUUGUUCACUAAAACAAGAUCUAGGAGUAGAACCUUCAAAGUCGUUAGUCAGGUGCCAACGAUGUGCGCUCCAAAUGGAAAAUGUCAAAUCUUUCCACGUAAAGUUCUCGAGAAAAUGCGGUCACCAAAGAGGGAAGAAUAGGCCUUCUAGAAACAGCAACACUUCAAGUAACUGCAAGCUCAGAAAAAAACCAACUGGAUACAUCUAUACAAUUUGUAAAGGUUGUGGAUAUGCUGCAAGCUGUGGAGAAAUUAGAUGCGUAUUUGCCGGAUACGACACACUUCAGCUUACCCCAAAAACUGAGGCCCGUCACAGCAAACUUACACUUGCUGGGGAACCUGUUAUGACAAGUACCAAACCAGCAAUACCGCCGAGAAAAAGAAGACGCUUAGCAAAAGCCGACCUCUUGACUCCAUCAACAAGAAUAAAACGGGCGAAAAAACUGCAGCAGAUUCUUCUGCAGGAAGAACUGGCCACGAGAACCACAGACCAUACUCUUUCCAACUUUUUAAACUUCCUGCAACCAUCCUGUUAA